AUGAAUGAAAUGGAUACAACCAAUAUCCACCCUUUCACCGAAAAUUUAUCCAUGGGAACAACUAAUUUUGUUGGUUUUAUUUAUAUUCAACUGUUUCAUGAAUUCCACACAAAUGCAAAGUUAUCAUAUGGGAUCAAUAGUUCCUUCAUGGUACUUAUCCCUAAGAGGGAUAGUCCUUCAGGAUUAGGAGAUUAUAGACCUAUUAGCUUGGUCAGUUCCAUCUACAAGAUCUUGGCCAAGGUGUUGUCUAAAAGAAUAAAGCAAGUACUCCCAGCUGUGAUUAGUGAGGUGCAGUCAACAUUUGUUAGUGGUAGACAUAUAUUGGAUGGAGUGCUGAUCGCCAAUGAAGUUAUAGAUGGGUGGCACAGAGCUAGGAAGAAGGGAAUUAUCUUGAAGUUGGAUUUCAAGAAAGCCUAUGAUUCGUUAAGUUGGGAUUUUUUGCUAUCUAUGUUGGGGAGUUUUGGCUUUGAGGCAAGGGCUAUUGAGAAGGACUUAUUUAAGGGAGCAUCAGUAGGUUCUGAUCAGCUGGGCAUCUCUCAUCUUCAAUUUGCUGAUGACACCAUCAUUUUUUGUGAAGGAGGCACGGAAGAAGUUUUCAAUAUUAAAAGGGUUUUGAGGUGUUUUGAGGUGAUCUCUGGUUUAAGGAUAAAUUUCCACAAAAGUGUGGUUUGUGGGGUGGGUUUUAAUGAAGACCAAACCAAGGAGUUCGCAAAGGUGCUCAACUGUCUGCCUAGUAAAUUGCCUAUUAAUUUUUUAGGUUUGCCCCUUGGAGAAAAUCCUAGAAUGAAGAGCACUUGGGAUCCUAUAGUGGCAAAAUUUCAGAAGAAGCUUUCUUCUUGGAAAAUGAGAUUGUUGUCGUAUGCAGGUAGAUUAACUUUGAUCAAAUCGACCUUGUCUAAUUUGCCUAUCUACUUCCUGUCAAUCUUUAAAAUGCCUAAGGGAGUGGUAAAAGCAAUUUCUAAGAUUCAAGCAAAUUUUCUCUGGGGUAGUUCUGCUGCCAGCAGGAAGGUGCACAUGGUUAAAUGGAAGGAGGUCACAAAAGGUAAGAAUCAAGGUGGCUUGGGCAUAAGGGACUUAGGUGUGGUCAAUGAGUGCUUGUUGCUAAAGUGGUGGUGGAGGUAUGGUAGUGAGGAUAAAGCUCUGUGGAAAGAAGUGAUCUGCUGUAGGUAUGGUAAAAUGGGCAGGGGAUGGUCUCCUUUGUUGAGUCAUCCAGUAGGGGUCUCACUGGUUUGGAAGGAUAUUUCACAACUUUCUACAGUUAAUCAGCAAUUGGGAGAAUUUUUUGGAGAACAAGUUCAAUUAAUAGUUAGCAAUGGGAGGAGAAUAAAGCUUUGGUACGAUCCUUGGUUAGGUGGCAGAGGGCUGAAGGAUGAAUUUACUAGGUUGUUUAGUUUAUCCAUAGAGAAUGAGGAUUCCCUACAGCAGAUUAGUGCAAAGAUUGGUGCCUCAGGUAGGUGGCAACUUCAAUUCAGAAGGCCUCUCCUAGCUUGGGAAGAAGAGGAGCUGCAGAGGCUGGUAGGUAUGCUGCUCUUCACUCCUAGGCUCAGGGAUGGGGUUGAGGACUCCUGCUCCUGGCUAGCAGAGAAGUCAAGUCAAUUCACUGUUGCCUCUAUAUGGAGAUGGAGGGCAGUAGCUAGUGGAAAUAAUCUGGUGGUCCCAGCAGGGGUUUGGGAGAGCUUGGCCCCUCCAAAGAUGCAAUUCUUCUGUUGGUUGGCUUGGCGUGGCAGAGUUAAAACUUCAUCCUUUCUUCAAAGAAUUGGCGCUCUUCAUUUGGGUGCUAGUAAUUUGUGCGUUUUUUGCCAAGCGGAGGUGGAAACUAUUGAACAUGUGCUUCUAAUGUGCCCUUUGCUAUAUGUUGUCUAUGUCUCUGGUGCUGUAUUGGUGUAUGCUUCUACUGCCUUGGGCUCUGAUUUGGGGUGCUGUAGGUUUGAGUGGCUGCUGGUUGUAUUUGAGGACUUCUUGACACUAGAUUCCUCAAAUAUAGCCACAUCUGAUAUUGUUCUUGCAAUGGCUGUCAAUGACUCGGAUUCCUCUGAGUUCUCUAUACUAUAUGCUGUCUAUGUCUCUGGUGCUGUCUUGGUGUAUGCUUCUACUGCCUUGGGCUCUGAUUUGGGGUGCUGUAGGUUUGAGUGGCUGCUGGUUGUAUUUGAGGUCUGUGUUGGUAGCUUUUAG